AUGACGAACACAGACUCAGGGGCUGUGUCUUGCCCCUGGCUUGAGAGUGCAGCUGCUGGCGAGGAGCCUGUGUUUUUUUCGGUGAACAACAAAACUUUUAUUUUGCGGCGAAUGAAAGCAGCAGACUACCCAGCAGUCCGCGCGUUGCUGCCGCAGGUGAGCCGCUGCUACCAGCAGCUGCAGGAGCCGCAGCUAUCUCAGGUCCUUGGGCUGCAUACAUACAUACCCUUCUGCUGCUUUGCUGCAGCUCCCGACUCACCACCACCACCACCAGCAGCAGCAGCAGGAGCAGCAGCAGCAGCAGCAGGAGCAGCAGGAGCAGGAGCAGCAGGUGUUACAAACGGGUGCGCGGCGAAGCAGCCUGCGUGUGAGGGUCCUCUGUGUGGCUUUGCUGAGGUGUAUGUACUGCCGCACCUGGGGCGAGCAGCAGACGGGAGACUGGAGAGGGUGAUAGUAGCGGCGGAGCUGCGGGGGCAGGGGCUGGGCACCGCCAUGUGUAGAGAGGUGCUGCGGUUCUCUCGGCUGCAGCUCGGCCUCGGCCGCGUUGACUUAACCGUAGAAAAAGAAAAUGCUAAACAUAUUUAUACCAAGCUGGGGUUCGAACCCGUGAGCACCGAAACGCUCCGCUUGCAAAACUAA